UUGCGAGAAAACGUACUAAGGUUCAUCUAUGCAUACGGGAUCCUUGCUUUGGUCAGCGUAGUAGCUGUAUCCUAUGGUAUGUUUUACCUCUAUGGUACCGCUCAACAAAUUUGUGUUGUUGAUACUGUUUCUGUAGCGACUGUAUGCAACUACUUUUGGCUUAUGUUUAAUAUUCAAGCAUAAAAAAAUGAUUAUCCACGACAUUUUAGUACCAGUGUUGCGAAACAGCAAAAUCAUUUUAAACUCUCGAUGGUAAUUACAACAAUCCCCCAUGUGUAUCUUGUUGUCGGACGUCCUCUUGACCCCUCCAAUAUCGUGGGACCCAUGCUGUGAUCAGCUGAUGCGCUGCCCAACACGAAGAACAUGCCAGGAUAGUGCAAUUCUUCCGUUCCGUACGGUCUGAUAGCAGUGGACAUUCUUUCUAAACUACCAUAUAGUUCGCAAUUUGUAACGUGGUCUUUCCAGAAGAUAUGUUUCACCAUGAAUUUGUAUUAUUUUCCUGUUAUAGGGUAUAUCGUAUCCACAGUCGCACCGUCUGUACCAGCCGCCUCUGCCAUCAGUGCCCCGUUACUUCUACCUCUGUUACUUAUUGGCGGAUUCUACGUUAAAAACAAGUAAGUGUCAUAUCGCUGUGGUUUGGAUGUUUUUAUUUGAAGCGCGGUCAGGUGAACGAUGUCGAGAUGAGGGUCGUCGUUUGAUCAGAUACAAAAUGUAGUUUGUCCAGACCAAAUAUAGCGGAAUGAUGGCGUAUUCCCAAUAGGAUUCGAAACAGGGCGACAGCGUGACCUAGUUGUCUGGGCGUCGGACUCACAAUCCGGCGGCCCCGGGUUCGAGUCCCGCUCUGGCGACUUGCUGGAUUUGUUCUCGGUCAUCCGAGUUCAAUCCUAGGCCACACUUGUAAACAGCCAACUGGUUGCCUCCUGCUCGUUGGGGGUUUUUAUCCUGUUAUGUUGUAUUUGAAUUAUUUGUUUCUAAGUAUUUGAUUGGAGUGCCUGUAAACUAGCUUGAUAAGCCAAGUGCACUUUCCACUAUAAACAAUGCAAGCCUUUACCUUUGUAUAACGAUCUUUAAGGUCCAACGAGUUUUCUAUCGCUUAGAGUGGUGAACAUCGGGGCUAGUAACCACAAGGUCGUAGGUUAAAGUGGUAAACAUUCUGCAUAUUACCAGGGCGUUAUUUGCUUCUCUUAAAAGGCUUAGUCGAUUCAUCGAUCAUGUCUAGUACUCAACAAGAAGCUUCGAUAAUGCUGGACACUAAAGCUUAGCACAGAAUCCCUCCUUCAUUACAUUCAUUGGAAAUUCAGUGGCUAGUAUUCCGUUUUUAAAAUGACUCUUUAACUUGUGAAACAUACAAAGAUCUACUUAAUUCUUAUUAUUUUCGUUCUUCGAGAAACGAAAAAGUGCACAGUACUUAAAUUGUGAGGUAUGUCAUAACGUAUACACUUUCCUGACAAUUGCUCCGCCAUCUUGUUUAUUUUUCUUGUCGUACUUUGCUGAGAUAUUACGCGCCACUGACUAGAAUUCACCUCCCUUACAUCGCCUCAGAAUCUGAAUCAAGGAGAAACUCAUGAUAGUGCGAAUAUGUUAUAUCAUUUCAGCACAAUACCAGAUUGGUUGUCAUGGCUACAGUAUCUUUCGUGGUUUAAAUAUGGAUUUGAAACCUUGGUUGUAAACCAGUGGGACGGUUAUGAAAAUAUAGGUAUGCAGUUUAUAGCCUUAAAUUGACCAAUUGUUUUCAAUGUAAUCACAUCACCGCAAUAUGCCAGUUUAGGGCAUGUUAUAACCUAGUGACGGUCAAGUACUUUGAAGAGAAAGACACAAUGUUAUAACGAUGAACGGUGAUACUCUCUUUUGAUCAUGACGACUGAGUGCCAUCUAAGCGCAAGAGUGCAAAUUAGUGAAGUAUUCUUUAUCUUGCUUACGCAGCUUGCACACCCCAAGAAAACAGAACCGGCGUUCCUUGCAUUAAUAAUGGCGAUGAAGCUAUCACUUACCUUGCGUUAGAUAAGGUUGGUACAAGGCCUUAUAGCGAUCUACCUAUUUACUGUAUUUAAAGACGUGGUCGGCCGAAGUCAAAAAAAAAGGAAGGGGUCCGCUUUAAUAGGCCUUUUCCAAAGCCAAGUGCAAACCCUUUCUUGCGAAAAUAAGCGGGUUUUUUGCAUGUUUCAACAUCAAUGGCAUGCACUUUAUCAGUUGGAUUUGCACUUUUUUUUUAAAAAAAAAAAAAAAAAAAUUGUAAUAGGCUUAAUUUUGACAUAAAGUAGAAAAAAUGGUUUUCAUGUAUACUGAUUUUGAUAUUAUAUACAGAAUUUUAAGAUUUUUCGGGGUGGGGAUGGUAGUUUUGGUGGUAAUGGUAGUGGUAGUGGUAGUGGUAGUGGUAGUGGUAGUGGUAGUGGAAGUGGAAGUGGUAGUGGUAGUGGUAGUGGUAGUGGUAGUGGUAGUGGUGGUGGCAGUGGUAGUGGUAGUGGGAGUGGUAGAGGUAGUAGUAGUUGUAGUAGUAGUAGUAGUCUGUUUCAAAAACUCUCUAAUAACCGACCGUAACUUAGAUUUCUUAAACGACCGCGACCACCUUUUAGGCCACAAAUUUGACAAAUUCUUUUCUUUUCUGUUUCCCGUAAGCGACCACCCGGUAUGAUCUCGUAUGGUUGUAAGAAAACCAUUGCUCGAAGGUCACAGCAUUUCAGUUUUUAAUAGCGUUGACCAAGCGUGCUGACAGACUAUAGCAGUUGACUUCCAAAAACAAUGUCUGUAAUACGAUCUGUAGGUAAAAUGGGGGAUUGUAACAUUGAUACAAAAUGUUAUGCACAAACCUUCAACAGUUUCAAGACUCUAUUUGAGGUGAAACAUUAUUGCCAGUUGUCUAUUUGUCCACGUUUUAGCUUGAAAGAUAAUAACUUCACGUAAUUACAUGUACCUUAGUCAGUCCAGUUUGUGUUAUUAUUGUGUUAUUAUUAUUAUUAUUAUUAUUAUUGUUGUUGUUGUUGUUGUUGUUGUUAUUAUUACUUAGCCUCGCCUGGAAACAAAGGCUUGUGCCAACUCAGAGACGGCUCGUUCGAAAAUGAGGAGAAAAUGGAGAUCCCUACAGUUGUAGGGAUACUUGGAGCUUUGAGAUAUUCUCUGUGAGACGACAAGAAAUAAACUUAGAGAAAGUUUCCUUUCGGAGAAGCAACCAACCGAAUUGUCACUGACAUUUUUUUUUCUUUUUAGGACAAUGUGAUGAUCGACAUUUAUGCCUUAUUAGCUCUAGCCGUUGGAUUCCGAAUAAUAUCAUUUCUGUUUCUGCUAAGGAAAGCUUACAGAAGACCUUAGACAUGAAAUGUCUUGAAACGUUGUUGAAUU